GACUGAAACAAACAGUUAGAGUGACGUAUCAAAUAUAACUACGUCACAAUGAAGUUUUUAACCUGUUUACUCGUUCUUGGAAUCGUAUCUACAUCACUCGGAAGCAUAAUAGACGUUGUCGUCCAAGAUCUGGGAUGCUGGAAAGAAAAUCCUUCAAUGUGGGCAAUUGAGAGCUGGGAGGGUAAACAUCCUAUGCUUGACGGUCCUCAUGAAGUUCGUAUCGAUCCUGUCCAGAAAUGCGCAAAAGUUGCACAGAAGUUGGGAUAUCGUGUGUUCGCAAUUAGAGAAGGAGGAUUGUGUGCAACCAACCCUUUUGCUGAGUUCAACUACACAAGAUGGGGUUCGUCGUUUGAAUGUCUGCCAAAUGGAAGAGGAGGACCCAAAGAAAACCAAGUGUAUCUUGUUGAUACCAUCAUUGACGCAAAAUUUGUUCCUCUUGGAUCAUGGAUGAAGAUGGUGGAAGAUUUGGAGCGACUCGAGGGUCGAUUCAUCCGUUUAAAUCCCGAAACACUGGAAGAUAGGUCUGAGCCGGAAGAAAAAUGUGCAAGAGCAGCUGCAGCUUUAAAAUUUGAAAUUUUUGGUCUUAAUGACAAAAAAGAAUGCUUUGCGUGGCGCAAGACUCUUGAAGAUCUUCGUUUGCCGUGGGGUGAUGAAUGGGGAAUACCUGAUGACAAAUGGGAAAACUUACAAUUUUAUCAUCUGACUUUUCUGAGCAAUGUAACAAUUGUCAAUCUUGGAUGCUGGAAAAUUGAUCCACUAUCUCGCAUUAUUCCACUUAUUGAAUCAAGAUCAGAUAUUCUUGGAAUGAGAGAUUUUCAGAAACGCGACAAUGCAGUCGAAAGAUGUGCAAUUUACAACGCAGAUUGGAAUCAUGGUGAAAUUUUCGCUGUUACAAAUGGUGGGGCUUGCGCUGGAUCCGAGCUCAGAGAACCAGCUUACGAUUUCCUUGGGUCGUCAGACGAAUGCCCUAUUGAUGGGAAGGGAGCAAAAGAAGCAGAUCAAGUUUACAAACUUGUUCGAGAAGUGAAAAAAAUUGAAUGGAAGCAAUCUGAAUCGUUUACACCAAUUCAUAUGACUUCGCUUGGUUGCUGGAAAGUUAUUGAUAAGCAACUGAUUCCAUCGCUGGAGAAACUUGAUGAGAUUAUCAAAGACGAACCUUUUCUUCGUGAAGAUGCGGUUGAAAAAUGUGCAAGAGUUGCUUGGAAAUUUGGAUUCGAUGUGAUUGCCAUUAGAGAAGGAAAAUGUCUUAGUUCUCCAAAUGCAAGAAAGUUGUUCCGGUCAUAUGGGCCAUCGGAUGAAUGUUUAGAAGACAUGGGAAAUGCUGAAGCAAUUUCAGUCUUUGAACUGAACACAAUCAGAGAUCCAUGGUUCAGCAAUAAAGGCUGCUUUGAAGACUGUGAACAAAUUGAACUUUUGGAAGAUUUACAUCCGUUGCUGAAAGAUGAGCCAAGAACCAGAGUCGACCAAAUUAGAAAAUGCUCUUUGGUUGCAUCGAUGUGGGAGUUUGACAGUUUUGCUUUAUUGGACGGAGGUAGAUGUCAUGGCUUGUGGUGGAACGAGACCAAAAGAUGCGUUAAAUCCGCCGCUUGUUCAGAUGAUGGCCUCGGUGGACGUUUCGCAAUACAGAUUUAUAAAAUAAAGGCCAAGAAUAAUUUCACACUAGAAAACUUGGGUUGCUGGAAGGACGAUGCAUUCCGCACCAUUCCUAUUGCUGAAGGGGUUAAUUUGGAACUUAUUGGGAGAUACAGCGAAAGAGAAGAUGCAAUCGGGGCAUGUGCUCGUUACGCCAGAUCUCGUGGUUUUAAGGUUUUCGCUCUACAAGCCGGCGGAAUGUGUUUGACAUCAGAACAUGCUGAGGAUAUGUACAACUGGUAUGGAUGGUCCAAUCGUUGCGAAAAUGACGGAAGAGGAGGGGCGUGGUCCAAUCAAGUGUGGAAAAUUAGUGAUGAAUGGUGGAAAUCUCCAGUUGAUUGGUGGAAGGUCCCAGAAGAUUGGCAGAAAUUUGGAAGAUGGAAUUGCACAUGGCAGUGGUGGAAAACUCCAACUACUCCAUGGAUCUAACUCCUCAACUUUACACACAAUUUCUACAAAUAAUAAUCCACACACAACAUACGGCUUAAACAAAUCAUAAUUAACAACAAGGGAAGAGUUGGGAUGUACAAAAGUCACGUUUUGUUUUACUUUUUUGAUUCAUUUUUCAUUUAGAUAUCUUAGCGUUGUUAUAAUUAUGGAUAAAUAGUAUAGGAUAUAGUUGUAAUAUAAGUUUAAUGAUAAAUGAAGUAAUAAAAAUUUCGAU